AUGUCCAUGGCCAAGGUAGUCCUCGCCCAAGACGAGACCAUCAUCAUCGCAUCUGCACAAUCUAUCGUCAAUCCGGCAGAAUACAUUCUCGAUAGCACCGCAAUAGCUCCUGGCUCUGCUGCAGUCUUGAUCGAUGGGCAAACUGUCUCAGCAGAUCCCGCCAAAGAUCUUUUCAUUAAUGGCGCCGAGGUUCUGACCGGAUAUCCGACUGCAAGUUUUACCAGUAUUUUCGCUUCCGCCAGCACUACUGCAUUUUCUAAUUCUGUCAUGAGCGGCGUGGACGAUAGCAGCAGUGGCUCAGGCAGCUCAGGGUCUCAAUUAACCAGCAUUGGAUCGGGAUCAAUGUCUGCUUCGUCAGCGCUGGGUUCGUUCCCUACAAUUUUGAGCCAACAUAGCAACAUCACUGUGCCAGCAACGUCCACUGCUACAGGCUCGAAUCAUAGCGAUUCUGUUAUUCCUUGGCUAGUCUCCACAGGUUUAACCUUGCAUACUAACAAGGCAAGCUCGGCAUCAUCCAUCGCACCGAAUGGAAAUGUGAACGCCAAAUCAGCUAGCUCAGCAUCAUCCAUUGCGCCAGGCCUGGAUACGAACAUCAACUCAGCCAGCUCAGCAUCGCACUCAUCCAGAGUUGCUUCAGUCGCAGGCUCCAGUUCACGUGCAGGAACCAAUGUGUCGCCCACAGGCUCAAAUACCUUCGUCCAAAGCAACAAAAGCACUGGAUUAGCUGCAUCUGUAACUGGGGUAACUUCUCUGUCCUCGAACGGUACAUCAUUUGUCCUUGGCUCGCCAUCGACUCGAUUGUUGACUUCAAGUUUAGCCACAGCAAUCACAGCCCUUGGAUUAUCAAACACGGUUUCUCCAAUGACUGUUGCUUCUUCAAGUAUAGCAUCAUUGAUGCCCGCUUCUAUUACAUCAGGCCCAACCAUCUCCAUGCCGAUCAUAACGGUCGAACCGACUGGUUCGGUCGCAAGUGCGGCUGGAAUUUCCCUGGGAGGACUGAUAGUCGGUAUUUCGCAAGAAGCCCAGACCUUGUCAAACAUUGUAACCAACUCGGCCUCUAGCUCGUCAUAUGUCCUCAAAAUUCAAGCAGUAGAAUCAAAGUGGGACAAUUUUUUCAGACAGGUAGGUGGCGACAACCCACCCUCCUACGACUCGGCUUGCACGGGAGGCGGCCUUACGGGCCUGCUUGAAUUGGUGGGAUGUAUAAGCAGCGGUUUGGAUAAGAUCAGGCUUGGCAUCGAGGGUAUCGAUAAAACCAAUCCAGGCCCAGCGUUGACUGAUAUAGAAGAAGUCAUAGCUAAUGUCGCUGAAAUGGCCCAAGAGGAAGAAGAGGAAGAGGAAGAGGAGGAAAGGACUCAGAAUGAAUCACAAGCACACAAGACGCAGGAGAGCACAAGAACGCCAAGUAUUUCGGUAGGAAGUUCUACACUCAGCUCAUCAGCCAUUUUGUCGAGCGUGUCAUCAAGCGUUUCGUCAAGUGCAGUGUCAUCAGGGAUUAUGACGGACCCUCCAUGCGACACCAAUAUACCACAGGCCCUACCGUCCGGAUACAGCAUUGACAAUGGCGCUGCCGAAGUCGUGCUGGGCUUUGUGGGCGACAUUCUCCUGUAA